GGCGACUGCUGGGGCUGCGGGGCUGCGGGCCGGGGAGGCCGUGCGGGGCCAGGCUGGGUCCCGCUGACCGAUAUGCUGACCUUCUUCCUCUUGUCGGGGGGCUCCCUCUGGCUGUUCUCGGAGUUCUUCCUCUCACUUCUGGAGAAGAUGCAGGCUCAGGAGAUCCUGAGGAUGCUGCGGCUGCCCGAGCUGGGUGACUUGAGCCAGUUUUUCCGCAGCCUCUCGGCCACCACCCUCGUGAGUAUGGGUGCGCUAGCCGCCAUCCUCGCCUACUGGUUCACUCACCGACCGAAGGCCUUACAGCCACCUUGCAAUCUCCUGAUGCAGUCAGAGGAGGUGGAGGGCAGUGGAGGGGCCCGGCGAUCCGUAAUAGGGGAUAGCCAGCAGCUGUUCACCCACUACUAUGACGACGCCAGGACCAUGUACGAGGUGUUCCGCCGUGGGCUUAGGAUCUCAGGGAAUGGACCCUGUCUUGGCUUCAGGAAUCCCAAGCAGCCUUAUCAGUGGCUGUCCUACCAGGAGGUGGCCGACAGGGCUGAAUUUCUAGGGUCUGGACUUCUCCAGCACAAUUGUAAACCAUGUACAGAUCAGUUUAUUGGCGUUUUUGCACAAAAUCGACCAGAGUGGAUCAUCGCGGAGCUUGCCUGUUACACAUACUCUAUGGUGGUGGUCCCUCUAUAUGAUACCCUGGGCCCUGGGGCAGUCCGCUACAUCAUCAACACAGCUGACAUCAGCACCGUGAUCGUGGAUAAACCUCAGAAAGCUGUGGUUCUCCUGGAGCACGUGGAGAGGAAGGAGACGCCGGGGCUCAAGCUCAUCAUCCUCAUGGAGCCAUUCGAGGAGGCCCUGAAAGACAGAGGGCAAGAGUGUGGGGUGGUCAUUAAGUCCAUGCAGGAUGUGGAGGACUGUGGCCAGCAGAAUCACUGUGAUCCUGUGCCCCCGAAACCCAGUGACCUCUCCAUUGUGUGUUUCACGAGCGGCACGACAGGGAACCCAAAAGGUGCGAUGCUCACCCAUGGGAACGUGGUGGCUGAUUUCUCAGGCUUUCUGAAAGUGACAGAGAGUCAGUGGUCUCCCACUUGUGCGGAUGUACACAUUUCCUAUUUGCCUUUAGCACACAUGUUUGAGCGAAUGGUACAGUCCGUCGUCUACUGCCAUGGAGGGCGUGUUGGCUUCUUCCAGGGAGACAUCCGCCUCCUCUCAGAUGACAUGAAGGCCCUGUGCCCCACCAUCUUCCCAGUGGUCCCCCGACUGCUGAACCGCAUGUACGACAAGAUCUUCAGCCAGGCAGACACCCCAUUAAAGCGCUGGCUCCUGGAAUUUGCAGCAAAGCGUAAACAGGCCGAGGUCCGGAGUGGGAUCAUCAGGAAUGACAGUAUCUGGGAUGAACUCUUCUUUAAUAAGAUUCAGGCCAGUCUUGGUGGGUGCGUGAGGAUGAUUGUUACUGGAGCAGCCCCCGCAUCACCAACCGUCCUGGGAUUCCUCCGGGCAGCUCUGGGCUGCCAGGUUUAUGAAGGUUACGGCCAAACUGAGUGCACGGCGGGAUGUACCUUCACCACACCUGGGGACUGGACCUCAGGACACGUAGGGGCACCUCUGCCCUGCAAUCAUAUCAAGCUCGUCGACGUCGAGGAACUGAACUACUGGACCAGCAAAGGAGAAGGAGAGAUAUGUGUGAGAGGACCAAAUGUGUUCAAAGGUUACUUGAAAGACCCAGAGAGGACCAAGGAAGCCCUGGAUGAUGACGGCUGGCUUCACACUGGAGACAUCGGGAAGUGGCUGCCGACUGGUACUCUUAAAAUUAUUGAUCGGAAGAAGCAUAUAUUUAAACUUGCUCAGGGAGAAUACGUUGCGCCUGAGAUGAUUGAGAACAUCUACAUCCGGAGCGAGCCUGUUGCCCAAGUCUAUGUCCACGGGGACAGCUUAAAGGCCUUUUUGGUGGGCAUUGUCGUGCCCGACCCAGAAGUCAUGCCCUCUUGGGCCCAGAAGAGAGGAAUUGAAGGGACGUAUGCAGAGCUCUGCACAAAUAAGGAGCUGAAGAAAGCCAUUUUGGAAGAUAUGUUGAGGUUAGGAAAAGAAAGUGGACUCCACUCUUUUGAACAGGUUAAAGCCAUUCACAUCCAUUCUGAUAUGUUCUCAGUUCAAAAUGGCUUGCUGACACCGACCCUAAAGGCUAAGAGACCUGAGCUGAGAGAGUACUUCAAAAAACAAAUAGAAGAGCUUUACUCAACCUCCAUGUGAAGUUCAAGGAAAGUUCUUCCCGGUAUAAUGGAUGAUGUAGCAAUAUUAUAGUUGUUCUUGAAAGUAACAAGUCAGAAUGAUGCAGCCGAAAAUGAGAAGCACGUGACCUUAUGCCUGAGCCUUUUCCUGUCUCUAGAGGUCUUUAACAAUAUUUUCUCUCAUCACUGAGUACACUUUAUUUUUAUUACAAUGAUAUUGUAGCAAGCUGCUAAAAAUAUCACAAGUGGCAUUGUAAAAAAAUCGACUUUUCUUAAGAACUGUGUACCACUAAAAGUAAUAUAUUCUCAAUGUUCACAGAACUUCUAUUAAAUAUAAAGGAAAAACAUAACUGAUACAUUGUACUUAAUUAUUUUUGAAAUAGUAAACAGGUAUGGCAAAUAUUGAGGCAAGGUGGACUGCCUUAUUCGAUAACUGAUGGACAAAAUCACAAUUAAAUCAGACUUAAAUGAAAACUAAUACAGAAUCUUGCUGAAACAGACAAGAUACAUAACUUCUACAUAACUUCAUAGCUACAUCAGAUUCUUUAAACAUAAUAAUCCUUAUUGGUGUGAAAACGUUUUCUGUCCAAUUUUUACUUUUAUUUAUGAUGAAUGCAAAUUCAAACAUUCUUAAAACAAAUGUUAUAUUUACAUAACAUUUUACAAAGACUUUUCAAUCCAUUUCCUUAUUUAUUAAGCUUAUUAAAAUAUUAGGAACUACCCAGAAGUAAAGUAAUAUACAACUAUUUCAAGGAUAGUAUGUGUAUAUUCACGGAUGUCUUACCACAUGUAUUAUGAAAGAUGUCUGUUGACUCUACAUUGGAUGGAGCUUUAGGGAAGACUUGGGAUAAAAACCCAGAAUUAUUUCUCAUGGUGGGCAGCAAUUAAUAUACCAAAUUUCCUUGCUGGGUUCUUCCAGUCUUCCAUUUUCAACAUGUCUAUGCCAGGUCUGGGAGACAUAGGUGGCAAUAAUUCUGAACAGUUUCUCUUUCUUCCAAUAAGACUGUCAAGGCAGGAUGUAGGGAGGAGGGGAAUGUCAUCUCCAAAUAAAAUAAUUUUUCAACAAUGUAAGUUUGAAGAACCUCUUCAAAAUACCCCUAGAAAACUACUCAAGUCCAUCAUAGAUAACUGUCUCCUUGGGGAAUAAUUUCAUGCAUAGAAUCUCUAAAUGCUUCUAAGUACCCAUGAAAACCUCCUCUCUCGUAUUAUGUGCUUAAAUACUUCUUGUACGUGGGUGCCAACAAUGUCAUAUAAUUAAAGCCCAGCAUGAACAGCAAUUAAGUCCCAAGCUACAGACUGCAUCUGAAGAAGAAACUGUCCCUAGGAAAGUGUUUUUAAAGUGUUUUAAUCUGUAGAGCCAGGAUCUGAAAACAGACGGGGGCAGUGGUCCCAGUCCAGAAGCUCCUUUCACUAGGAGCAAAUCCAUACUGUCAAUAAGGCUGUGGGUUAGAAACUGCAUAAUCACACAGGCUUACUAGAUGAAUCUGCACCAGAAAUGAUACAUUUCGGUCUUUGCAAUAGUGGACCAACCCCAGUUUUGUUUGAUGUAUUUAUCCAGUCUUCUACAUAUUCCUUUACUCUGCAGUCUCUCUGCAGUCCCACUGCUCGCACUUAAGAUUUGACUUAUGGUAAAUAACCCAGUUCUAUGCACAUUAACUUUAAAGGCAUUUCUAAACAAACAAAUACUAAAAAUGUCCAAGGCCACAUCUAUAUAACAUUAAUUUUUUAUAUUUAAUAUAUAUUUGACUAAUAAAAAAAAAUCGCUACCUGAAUUGGAUAUUCAUACUAUCUUAAAGGCGAGUAGCUUCACAUCUUGAAGAAAAUGAAGCUGUUUCCCUUUGUCCUUCCACUCAACUAAAUUUCAUGUUUAUCUUUGUUUACAAAGGAUUUUAGACAGUGUAAUUUUAAGCAAAUAAUUUCGAUUUUAUUUUGAUUCCACUUUUACCUAAUAAUAGAGAUAAUGGAUUAUGGGUAACUUAAGAUUUCUUUUCCUCACUUUAAAGAUCUUAAGUUUCUAUUUAGCCUUCCUAAUCCUCAUGAAAAUCGUCACACUUCGGCAUAUAAACAGGUUCUUGAAGCUGUGCUGAGAAAAGUAAACAGCAAGCCUUAAAUAUAUUGCAUGUACAUUUAUUUUUUCCUCUGUUUGACUACUGAAUUUUUUAAUAAAAUAGAAAUGAAACAGUUGUGUUAACGAAAGAAAAUCCUUCUUGCCUCAGAUUUCCCAACUUAAUUUUGAGGGGAAAAAGUUGGUAUUUCUUUUUAACCAAUAUAGAAAAAGGCUAUGUACUUAAGAUAUUUACAUUCAUAGUGGACAUCAGAUCCAAUUUAAAUCCAAAAGUAUAACAGCAAUCAAUUACUUAAGCAUAAACAUGUUCUUAAAUGUUUGGCCUUUUUUCUGUUUCUCAUUCAAAUUUGUUGGUAAUUCUCGCAUUUUACAAACUGAUGUUGUUUAUAAAGAUAUAAAGUAGAAUAUAUACCAUUUUCUUUCCUUUUGCCAUAAAAGUCAUCUUUGUAUUGUAUUGUGAUUUUCCUCCAAGUGAGAGAGGAAACUGACCAGGUGUGGUGUGCAGGCCUAGCCUCACAUAUUAGGAACUCAAGAACUCAGGAAUCUAAGGAAUAAAUAACCCAGUUUCCCUCACAUGAGCAGGUCAACUUUCCAUUCUAAAUUUAGGUAAAACUGCAAGCAUAAAAAAAAUAGAAUUUUUCAUUGCAAUUUUUAUAGUCAGGUAAUGUUUUAGCAACUUGAAGUCAGCACUUAAUUUGAUUGUAUUACCCAUCAAAGAGUCUCUAAUCUUUUCUGUUUCUAGCAGUAAAGGAAUUAUUCUUUAUUUUCCAAAUGUAUUAAUAUAAAGCACAAAUGUGAUGUAGUUACUUAGAAUACAAAAUACUAUGAAAUGAAUGUAAAGAAUGGAAAACUAUUUUUGCAUGAAAACAAACCACUUACAAACUUAAUAUCUCAGGAAAAAUGAAAAAUUAUAUAUAAAAUUGAUAAACUGUAUGUUGAAUUAAGUUGGUAUAUUUUCUUGCCUGUUUCCAUUUUAAGAACGCAUAUACGUGAAAAGAAAAAAAUGAUCCCGGUAGUCAGGAUUUUCUCUCAAGUAUGCUGCGCAGUCCUUUCUGUGAAUCGACAGUUAACCACAGUAGGAAUGGAAUUAGCGUUCAAGUGAGGACAAAGGCCUAAUGAGAACACAAAAGUGCUUAUAACCCAGAGGCAAUAGAUACGUAUUACCUGGAGGCAAGCAUUUCUAAACUUGGUCCAAACAAAAGGUUUUCAUGGGGUGACAGUGGCUUUUAAACAUUCAUUUGACUGAUUAUUUUUAUUUUUCUUGUUAAGUCAUUGCAGCAGUUGCAUGAAGGGGAAAUGGAUAUUUUUUGAAGAAUUGCUUAUUCUACUUUCAAUUUUUAAAAAUUGAGGAAAUUUAAAAGUUACCUUUUAAAUAUGCCUAAAAGAAUAUUAACUGUAAUUAUAUUUUUAGUUGCUUUGUUAUAAUAGCAUGCAUAUCAAAUAUACGAUGCAUUUAUGAAAACUUUUGUAAAAAAUAAAGAUUUUUUUUGUUUCUCAAA